AUGCAAACGUUCAAGUUCCAGAACGAGAAAUGCAAUGAUGAUCGACUCGAGGAGUGGAUUGAGACAGCAGUUGCUCGCGGAGUUCAACAUUUAUCUGUUCAGAUUGAAGAGAUUGAAGACAUUGAAGAGGUUGAUCCUCCUUAUGUAACUCAGGAAAUUUACAGGAGCAACACAUUGGUUUCUUUAUAUCUCAUAGGCGUAGGAAUCGAGACUCCCGAUUGUGUUGUCUCUCUUCCUCGCUUCAAGGCCAUGCAUAUUGAAGACGUUCAGCAUGAUGAUGAUCCUUUGAUCGUGGAGAAUAUCAUAUCCGGGUGUCCUGUUCUUGAGGUUCUUGCAAUCAUAAGGACUACUGAAUCUGAGAGUCUAAGUGCUGUGAAGUCUCUCCGCGUGAGGUCUCAGACUCUUAGAAGUUUUAAGAUCUUGUUUGAGAAUUGGUUUGGUGGUAUGCAUUAUGCAGUUGAGAUUGAUGCUCCGAGUCUGGAGUAUAUGAGUUUUCGAGAUGACAAUUCUGGUGUCAUUGUAGUCAAGAACCUGACUUCUUUAUACGCCAUUCAUAUUGAUACUGAGUUUAAUCUUGGCUUUGCUAACUAUGAUGGCAAUCCCUUGGGACCCAAGGAUUCAAGCAAGAUAAAGACUAUCCAUGAUUUUCUAGAGGGUAUUUCUGGUGUAAGACAUAUGUUCAUCUCUCCGUCUACUAUUGAGAUCCUCAGCCAAUAUUCGGAAUUUGGAUCCAUCCCCAAAUUUGCUAAUUUAUAUCGUUUGAAUGCUGAGUUCUCUUCCUCUACGAUACAACUGUUGCCAAUCUUUCUUGAGAGCUGUCCAAAUCUAAAAGAACUCUUGUUGGACUAUGGAGGUUCAAAGCCAAUUGAACUUAGCUAUGUGCAUCGGUGUUUAAUAUCAACUCUUGAGUUUGUUUAUAUUAACCAACAUUUUCCGAUGGACAAAACUGGGAUUAAACUGGUGAAUUACUUUCUUGAGAAUUCAGCAGUACUCAAAGAACUUAAAUUGAAUUUCUGUGGCCGUACUUUUACCAACAAAGAGCAAGAGAUCUGCAAGAACCUUCUUACACCCACAAAGCUUUCUCGAAGAUGUCAAGUUUCUAUUAAGGAACCUGUCAUUAUUCAAGAGCACUGUAGAGCUCUUAAGUACUGA